CCCGGCCCUCCCCCUCGCCCGUCCCCCGCUGUCCCCCGACCGCCGGAACCCGCAGCCGGAGCCAGUCAGCCCGGCCGCCGAGGUUCCUGCCUGAAGACCAGCUGGGUACUCUCUCUGACCCUCCCCAUCACCAUGCACUCCUUGGACGAGCCGCUUGACCUAAAGCUGAGCAUCACCAAGCUCCGGGCGGCGAGAGAGAAGCGGGAAAGGACACUGGGUGUGGUUCGGCAUCACGCUUUGCAUAGGGAGUUGGGUCUGGUGGAUGAUAGCCCCACACCUGGUUCCCCAGGCUCCCCCCCACCAGGUUUCCUGCUGAACCCCAAGUUCCCUGAGAAGGUGGAUGGACGCUUUUCCACUGCCCCCCUGGGGGACCUCAGCUUGUCACCACCAUCUGGACUGGACUCCCCAAGUGGUAGCAGCUCCCUGUCCCCUGAGCGCCAGGGCAGUGGGGACCUGCCUCCACUGCCUACUGCUGUGGAUUUCCAGCCACUUCGCUAUUUGGAUGGUGUCCCCAGCUCCUUCCAGUUCUUCUUGCCCCUGGGCUCUGGGGGAGCUCUGCACCUACCUGCUUCCUCCUUCCUCACACCCCCAAAGGACAAGUGCCUGUCACCGGAGCUGCCCCUGGCCAAGCAGCUGGUGUGUCGAUGGGCCAAGUGUAACCAGCUUUUUGAGCUCCUCCAAGACCUGGUUGACCAUGUCAAUGACCAUCAUGUCAAGCCGGAACAGGAUGCUCGGUACUGCUGCCAUUGGGAGGGCUGUGCCCGCCACGGCCGUGGCUUCAAUGCCAGCAGGUACAAGAUGCUCAUCCACAUCCGGACUCACACCAAUGAGAAGCCUCAUCGAUGCCCCACCUGCAACAAGAGUUUCUCCCGCCUGGAGAACCUGAAGAUUCACAACCGCUCCCACACAGGUGAGAAGCCCUACGUCUGCCCCUAUGAGGGCUGCAACAAGCGUUACUCCAACUCGAGUGACCGAUUCAAGCAUACCCGUACCCACUACGUAGACAAGCCCUACUACUGCAAGAUGCCUGGCUGCCACAAGCGCUACACCGACCCCAGCUCACUGCGCAAGCACAUCAAAGCCCACGGCCACUUUGUGUCUCAUGAACAGCAGGAGCUCCUGCAGCUACGCCCACCCCCGAAACCACCAUUGCCCGCUCCCGACAGUGGCUCCUAUGCCAGUGGGGCUCAGAUCAUCAUCCCAAACCCUGCUGCCCUUUUUGGAGGCCCCAGUCUGCCUGGCCUGCCCUUACCCCUGGCUCCUGGCCCCCUUGACCUCAGUGCUCUGGCCUGUGGCAGUGGUGGAGGUGGAAGUGGGGGCAUGGGCCCUGGGCUGCCCAGCUCUGUUCUACCCCUCAAUCUGGCCAAGAACCCACUGUUGCCCUCACCCUUUGGGGCUAGUGGACUAGGCCUGCCUGUGGUGUCUCUCCUGGGUGGUUCUGCUGGUAGCAAGGCUGAGGGGGAGAAAGGGUCAGUGCCUGCCAGGGUCCUGGGCCUGGAGGACCACAAGACUCCCCUGGAAAGGACGGAGCGCAGCCGCUCCCGGCCAAGCCCUGAUGGACUCCCCUUGCUACCGGGCACUGUACUGGACCUGUCCACGGGAAACUCGGCAGCCAGCAGUCCAGAGGCGCUAACUCCUGGCUGGGUGGUCAUCCCACCAGGGUCUGUGCUGCUCAAACCAGCUGUGGUAAACUGAACCUGGGUUACCCACCUACCAGCUGUGACAGGCCAGCUACCUGCUGUGGGCUCAUCCCCUGACGAACAGAAACUCUUCUGCGAAAUAGCAAUAAUAUCCUACUGCUUCAGGGGCCCAAGUGUCUGCUUCCUGGGAGGCUGCAGCCCCAGACAUCUGGGUAGCAAGGAUGGUGCUAGGUCUUUGGCAGCUUCCUGGCUCCAGAGUGGACUUGGCUUGGACCUGUCCAAGGAGGCCAUGCUCUUGGGUGCUAAGGCCUCACUCACCUCCGCUUCCCCAGCCCAUAGUUUGGGUGAGGCCUUCCUCUGCCAGUCCUCCAAGGACUCUCAGUUCUGCCUCUUGCUCUGGUGCAUUCCUCUCCACGAGCAGUCUGGGCAGGUUGCCACUCCCCCCUGCCUUUCCUGCUUGUCAGCUGUGGAGCCCCCAGUGAUCCCCAGCCCAUGCUUGGGAACUCCUUAGACCCCUUUCCCUCGGGCCCACCCCUGGAGGGAGAGCAAGACAGACACAGGCCAUGGCUAGGCCUGGCACAGGAGGAAGCUGCCUUCCUGCCUACUGCUAUGACAAGGUGCUUCCCUGCUUGCUUGGCAGAGAAGCCUGCUGUCAGUGGCCUUCUGCCCGAGUCAGUACUGCCAGAGGGCUGGCCACAUGUGUUUCUAAAGAGGAGGGUGGCUGAGCACUCCUUUCCCUUGGGAGUGUGCAGUCAGGUUCAAAGGAUCAUUGUAUGGGUCCGAUCUAGCUUGGCUUGGCCUGGCCCUGUUAUCCCGCAGAAGUCUGCAAAGCAUCAGUCUAUACCAGGUGGACUACUAGGCUUGGGAAGCAGCUCCAGGUUUGGGGGUUACAAAGUCAUGGAAUGCAGGGAAGGGCUGACUCAUCAGAAAGGAGCUUUCUAGAAGCCACGAACUUAAGCCCCUGGGUGUGAGGGAGGCAAGGCAGCCAAGCACAGCAUUUGGAGGACCAACCGUCCGUCUGCUUGGGAAAAGCUGGCUAGAGAAUGGACUGCACAUGUGACAAGGUUGCUUCCUCUGACUUUCCAGUCGAGCCCUUUUCUUGGUGGUGCCUCUCCUUGGCCCACAGGCUCUCCCCAAGCCAGCUCCCCCAGGGCCCUGUACUACUCAGAAUAAGGUCAGCACUUAUGUAGGGCUAGACUAAGCCAAGGACAUUGGAGGACUGCUCCACAGCUCCAAAAGGCUGGGUGUGCCAACUCGGGCCUCUUGCUGUCUGUCCUCUGCUGCAGAGCGGCUAAGCCCCUCACCUCCCCGUCCUUAGAACAGAAGCUGCUGGGAUGGUAGGGGCCUCAGUAGCUCUGCCUCUUCUGAGCAGCUCUGCCUAUUCUUUUUCCCAGACUGCCCUUCUGUUUCAGAAGGGUCACCCAGACCUGACCUGCCCAACUGCUGGGCUUAGGACCCCAGCCCUGACAGGGCUCGGCUGUGCUGGCUCUACCCCUUGAAGGGGCUGUGAGCAAGUUAAGGAGCUGGGCUCCUGUCUUCGGGUCUACCCAUGAUCCAAGUAACCUCCUGGCUUGUUAGGGCCCUAGGCCUUAAGUCCCUGGCUGGGGGAUUGGGUUUCAGACUCAAGCCCAAGAGCAGAGCACGGGCACUGGAAGGGACAUUAGCUCAGCAUGUGAUUCCGUGAUAGACCAGGCUUGGAAGGGCCGGUGUACUUGUCAGUCCGCUGCUGCACAUCCCAGACAUCAGUAUUUUAACAGGUUCUAAGUGCCUUUCUAUUGUAGCUUGUGUUUUCCUCCUUUUGGCUCCAUUGCUGUUAGCAUAGAGUUAAAACAAAAAGAUAAGCUAAUGACUAUAACAAUAUAUUCCUCCAUGGGAGAGGAAGUUUAUAAAGAAACAAUAAAAGUGAGUUGCAAAAUGGUUUCUGCAUAGUAGAUGUGCCAGGAACUGGGUCACUUGCUCUAUCCUGGUUGUGGGCGUUCCAACUAGACACCUGAAGGCCUGGCCUGGACCUCUCCUCUCAACCUGCCACCGGCUACCUUCACUCUAGAAAGGGUAGGCAGUAAAGGACAGGAGGGUACAAAUUAUUCUCAACUACAAGGCCUGCUGAGAAUGGUUGACACCUGGCCAAAGCUCCUUCCCAGCUAUACAUGAACAUCUUGCCCAAGUCACUGAGCAGUAUGCAACCCCAGCUGGAAGUUCUGGGGCCGGGAGUCCUUUAUCUUGAGGGAAGGCACAGACAGACCCUUUGGUUUCUUCAGGACCCUGUGGUAGGCCACACCAGAGGAACAAAAACCUUUGUGACGCCUCCCGACUCUUUGACAGCCCCAAUAGGCAGGAAGUGAACAAAUCUUCUCAAAUAGGGGUAGGUGCACUGGAGAAACAUGGAAAGGACAUUUAUUACCAAGCUAUAAAUUAUGAGGCAGUGGGUGGGGUGGGGAGUGGCCGGCAGUCACGUUUUGGGCAUCUGCCCUUUCUCUCUGUCUUCCUGGGCUUGUAUUCGGAGUUCCUCAUCUAGACGUUCCUUCGCACGGACAACCUAGGAGGAGGAGGAAGGUCAGGCUCUGGCAGUCUCUGUCUGAAUGGAGGACCUUUCCCCUUCCUGUCCCAGGCCCUAACAACCUCCCUGGAGGACAGCAGACUGCCAAGAUUCAAACAACUUAAGGAGCACUCCAAGGUACAAGGGGAAGCCCAUGGCUUCCUUUCCUCCUACAGUUAAAGAGCACUCACCUUUGACUGCAAGUAGAAAGAGCCUCCCACGGACUUAUCGUUCACCUUAAAUAGGUGUUCGUAAUUCUGCCAAGAUGAGAAGUGGACAUUAGUCUCUGGGUGACACUAGGGAAGGCUGACGACAAGAGAUGUUAGCGGACCUGACCUCUGUCAUGCAGGAAGCUGCUGUGACCAAAGGGUAAGAGAGACAAGUAGCCCUGUGGGGAUGGCUCAGCUGCUGCAGCUAGCUGCCAUGUCUCUGUACGUUAUGUUGCCUGGGGCUUCUCAAGCUCCCGCUGGCUGUGGUCAGGGCUACACCCAUCCUCUUCUGUGCAACACCACCCAGGACAGAUCAGGGGCCUCACCUUCUGGACCUGCUCAGGAUUCAGCUUGGAGAUGUUGAGAAUCUGCUGGGCCUCUUGAAGGCUGAGGCCAGAGAGGUUGGAUGCAGCUGCAGACUGGUGCCCAGCACGACCCCGAGCAUCAGCCGCUGCCUGGCUUGCUGUGGACACAUUGGUGACUGCUUAGUCCCCUUGGUGGCCCAGAGCUUCCCCUAGGUCUUCUAAGUGACACAAAAGAAACAAUUUGCCCAGGAGUAGCUUUUCUUUAGUAUGGCCUCUUUUUGGAGGGGAGGGGCAAAUAGUCCACACUGAAGGAUGGGACAGGGUCAAACUAGGCUCUUGGUCCGCCAGUCUAGACCACAAGAUGACUUUGACCCUCUUGCUCCCCUCGUUCUAGGUCCCAGAGGCCUAGCAAAUUGGGAGCUUUAAGCUACUUUGGGGACUAGGGGAAGAGCAGCAGUGUUAGAGCCUCCGCAACUGGCCCAGCCAGUGCCCAGACUGUCACAGCAGACCGACCACCCGGGACUGCUUUCCUUUGGUGACAUUACAAUCAAAAGCCGGCAAACUUUCUCUUAAAGUGCCAGAUAAUAAACACUUGAACUUUACAGUCAA